GAUUUUAUAGCUAUGAUAGGAGAAUACACAGGUACUGUCCUCUUCCUCAUCUUUGCUUUGGGAGGAACGAACGUGGCUUUGAUCCCCAACACGAGUGUGACGGGCGACACCACGAUUGGACAAAGCGGAUCGACCGCUUCCACAGUAAACACCUCGAACUUAUUGUAUAUCGCCCUAUCAUUCGGAUUCUCUUUGGCUGUGAACGCAUGGAUCUUCUUCCGUGUCUCUGGAGGGUUGUUCAAUCCUGCCGUGUCGCUUGGUAUGGUUCUGGUCGGUUCUAUCACACCCGUUCGAGGAGUCCUCCUCUCCUUUUCUCAGAUAUUGGGGGGAAUCACCGGAGCCGCCAUUAUACAAGCUAUCACACCUGGUACUUUAAACGUCCGUACGACUUUGGGAGGAGGGACAAGUGUAGCUCAAGGAUUAUUCAUCGAGAUGUUCCUUACCGCCUUGUUGAUGUUGGCCAUCCUCUUGUUGGCUGCGGAGAAGCAUGCGGCGACUUUCAUCGCCCCUAUUGGUAUUGGGCUAGCUUUAUUUAUCGCCGAAUUGUUGGGGGUUUAUUAUACCGGCGGUUCUCUCAACCCUGCGAGAUCAUUUGGACCCUCUGUCGUGCUCAAGACAUUUGAACAUUAUCACUGGAUCUACUGGCUCGGACCAGCCAUGGGCGCUGUGAUAGCCGCUGGGUUCUUCAGAAUGCUCAAAUUCCUACAAUACGAGACUGUACUCGGUCCG